UGCCACGUUUGCCGAACCUUCCGCAGACAAACAACCUCUCUUCUCUCUCUACCCUCUUCUUCCAGCCUCAAUGAGGCUCCUUUCUCUCCUUGUCGUCGCAUCAUGGCUCGGGACGACAUUUGGGAUACAGGAAUCCGAUGCCGGCAUCAUUGACUGGCAUAAACGACUUGUCGGUGUACCUUUGGCGGAUUCGACUUCAACUGCACCUGUAUUUCACCGCGUGGGAGGCAAGAACACGAAGAGUGUCAUACUUGCAGCAACCGAACAAAACGUAUUAGCUGCUUUGAACCCUGUCGAUGGUUCAGUAGCCUGGCGACAUAUAUUCGAGCCGGAUGAUACAAUCGUAACAUUUCAGAAGCAGGAUACAACUGUCGCGUCUCUUUCCGGACCCAGCGGCGCGACUCUACGGUCGUUUGACGUUCUGAGCGGUCAUCUCCUGCUAGAAAAGCAUCUACAUUCUCCAGAGACAAGUUUACCCUCAGAAUCGGGACAUACAGGAUCGAGCAUUGCAUUCACAGCCGGUUCAGAUAUUAUUGCUUUGACUAACGGAUACACGGUUCAGUCUAUCACCAAGUCGGGCGAGAUACGCUGGACAUGGACGUCAGAAGACCAAAGCUCCCUUGUCAUAUACACCAAUGUCAUUGCGACCCCCACCGCCAUAUAUGCUGUUGGGUUGGCGAAGUCGUAUUCGUCCUACACUCUACAUGUCGCAGCCCUGUCGCCCGAGUCUGGUCAACUUCUGUCAUCAGCUCAUGUAGCCUCGAGUAUCGCAAAUCCUUCCACAGACCUCGUGCUGCUAACAAGCAAUACCGUUUCACGGUUAGCUUGGAUAGAACAGGGAGCAUUAAAGUCUGUUGCACUCUCAACGUCGUUAAAGGAGAAACCCAGGACGACCAAGGGGACAACCUAUAAGCGACUCAUCGACGUUGGUUUAAGCAAUCAUGGCUAUAUGGUUGCCAUCAUGCUUGAUGGAACAGGGCGUGCCUUCAGAUUGGAGGAAGACGGCACUGUUUUGAAUAAUAUUUGGGAGUUUGAAGGUUCUGCCUAUGAUCCUCGGCAUUCAGAGUCAUUGUAUACUGGUGGAUUUGACAAAGGUGGAUAUCCAUAUAUUGGACGCCUCUAUUGGUCACAUGCAUUCCAGUUCGCAUCGGCAGAAAUCUUUGCACCACACUUGGCUUCCGGGAAAGGUCUAGUGACCGGUUUUUCCUUCCCUUUUGAUACCUACAGCCACGGCGUUAUAACCCAUAUGACAAUGGAUGCCGCGAAUCCUUCUGCCCUCACCGUUCUUGGACGUUUAUUCUUGACUACGACUACGGGCACAGUUCAGCUCUGGCAACAGGACAAGCUGCAAUGGACACGAGAAGAAUCUUUAGCUUCCGUUCGUGUGGUUGAAUUCGUCGAGUUACCCGAGCACGUUGUUACCUCAUCUCAUGACCUGGAUGAACAGUUUUCUGAACGUGUACGAAGACACAUAUCUGAUGCCCAAAACUUUCCCCGAUAUCUCCUCAAUUUUGUCAGAAGGUUUGCGACUGGUUCAUAUGCUUCGGCCUCGUCGUCUGUUGCUGCUAAGGACGGAUCAUUGUCUCGCGACGCGUUUGGAUUCAGACAGAUAAUUCUUGUCGCUACCGACUUUGGAAAACUUUUCGCCCUCGACUCGAGUAAUGGAAAUGUUUUAUGGAGCCGUAUUCUCGGAUUAGGAUGGGCGGCAGAAGUUGGGGGCAAGCAUUUACCCGUCAAGAUUUUUGUGACCCGAACCGUGAGCGAUGGAGAGUCACCACAAGCCGUUCUGAUAACGCAGAGGCGAGCGAACAAUGGUCUUUUGGACACUACGUUAUUCCACUUUGACGCCCUGACAGGUCUCGAUGUCCGUUCAAACGCACAGAAAACAAUGGUCCUAGAGGGAACGGAUAUACCUGAAGCCAUGACAGACGCUUUUAUGCUUCACAAAGAUGAUACGAGAGUUAUUAUAGUCUUGGAUGAACUAUCGCAGGCGCACCUCUACCCUGACACCGAUGAAUCGAAGAAAUUCCUACUCGAAAAUCUCUCCUCGCUUCACUUUCCGCUUCAGAUGAACGUUCCGGGCGGGCGCCAGGUCGUUGGACACCAUUUAGCCGAAGUUCCUGCGCUGAGCCAUCAUCUUCUCGCAAGACCAACCUGGACGCUUUCAUUACCACAUGGGGAGACCGUCCAGUCUUUGAUUCCAGCUGCUCGGGGGCCAGUAGCGUCUAUUGGCAAAGUACUGGGGAAUCGGACGACAUUGUACAAGUAUCUGAAUCCACGGACUUUUGUAGUCUUGACUAACGCUGUUGCUUCUAAACCUCCGAACUGCGGACUCUACGUCGUUGAUGCAGCCAAGGGCACGAUAGUGUACCAAGUUUCCCUUCCUGUCAUUGCGGGCAAAUGCGAUGUCAAAGCGACGUUGACGGAAAACUGGCUUAUUUAUCAUUACUACGACGACGACAACGGACAAGCUAAAGGCUAUAGAAUGGUUACGGUUGAGCUGUACGAAGGUUCGCAGGCAGACGACAAGACGCGAAGCUCUGAAUUAUCUGCGUACUCCACAGACAACACGGUCGUAAGGGCAUUUGAACAGUCGUACGUAUUUCCUCAUGGGAUAUCUGCGAUUGGGACGACGUCUACCAAAUUCGGAAUCUCGAGUAAGGAUGCAAUCGUUGCGACAACGAACAACAAGGUUCAGUCGUUCUCGCGGCGACUUCUGAAUCCGCGAAGACCCAGUCAAAAGCCAACUUCUGAAGAAGUAGAAGAGCAGCUGGUGCAGUAUGAUCCUCUUCUGCCAGAUGAUCCACGGCGGGUGCUGUCGCAUACGUACGAGGUUGCCAAUAUCAGACGUAUCAUUACCUCUCCGGCGCUGUUAGAGUCGACGUCCCUAGUGUUCGCAUACGGACUGGACAUGUUUCUAACGCGGGUCGCGCCUUCGAAAACAUUCGACGUGCUAGACGAGAAUUUCAACAAGGCGCAACUUGUAUUUACCGUUCUUGGAUUAGCCGCUGCGAUUGGGAUCACGAAGCCCAUUGUGCGGAACAAGAAGCUGAGGGAGAAGUGGUAUCAGUGAUAAUCAAUCUGAUCAUGAUGUGUUCCCGGUAAUCUGUUGUUCCGGAGUUGAAAUAUAACAUGAGAUUCAUUCUUUGGGAGCCGUUAGGCACGGAUGGGGGGAGAAGGGUUGGUUACGUUCAAAGUGCCCCGAUCGAGGACCUUAUUGUUCGAUCGAGCUACCUCGAGGCGCGCGAUGUUCAAUAUCUCCAGUCUGGUAGCUAUCCGCCGUCAGAGUAAUAACAAAGCACAUGCUAUU